UCAUAGAACCUAAUAAGUGAUAAACUCCGGGACUGAAAAUGGCGACGGCGGGGAGCCGGACCUCGUCGUCGGGAAUAUACGAGUCGAAUAACAGCACAAACGUUGAAAGCUGUCUUCAAGGAAAUUCAAGCACCCCUAGUCUUCCAAGCAGUCACGGUAAGGCGAAGAGUAGUACAGGGGAAAACUCACAAUGGAGACGUAAAGAUCUACGCAAAGUCCGAAGUGUGGAUCUGGAUAAACCUGAGUCGCUGCUCCUAUCUCCUGAGACUGGGACGGCACCGAUAUCCGCGCAGCUUCACUUCUUGUCCAUUUCCUCGCCUGGUGCGGUCCAGGCUACUUUAUUACAGAAAACACCCCACAUUCAGCAGAGCAACUCACUAACUGAUCACCCUCUCUCGGAUAAAACGACUAAUAGUUUGUCUACAGCCGCUCAGGAAUUGUUGAAAACUUCUUUCAAAAACAGCAGCGACCAUCUCAGUCCGGAUAAUGGUGCAACCGUAACUUCAAUAGAAGUUAAUACUACACAAAAUAGUCGCGACAUGGAGAGUAAGGAUACCCUGCGGGGUCUGCAGAAGAUGGAAGACCGGCCCGAGGAGCGGAUGAUCCGGGAGAAGCUCAAGGCCACCUGCAUGCCCACCUGGAAGCACGAGUGGCUGGAGAGACGUAGCAGGAGGGGCCCGGUGGUGGUGAAGCCCGUCCCCCUGCGACCGGAUGGGAGCGAGGCGGGCUGCAAAGGGGCAGAGGUCGGAGCCGACGCACCCACCAGCUCCUCCCCCCAGCAGAGCAGAGGCCGCCGCAGCCCCUCCCCUGGACCCCCCUCUUCCUCCUCCUCUUCCUCUGGCAGGGCCGGUGGGAAGCCUGAGUCCCCCGGGGUGCGCAGGAAGAGGGCCUCACCCGUGCCGUUUCAGAGUGGCAGGGUGACGCCCCCUCGCCGGGCGCCCUCCCCAGACGGCUUCUCCCCCUACAGUCCUGAGGAGACCAGUCGCCGUGUCAACAAGGUCAUGAGGGCUCGCCUCUACCUACUGCAGCAGAUAGGCCCCAACUCCUUUCUGAUUGGAGGAGACAGCCCCGACAACAAAUACAGGGUGUUCAUUGGUCCACAGACCUGUAGCUGUGGCCGAGGGGCGUUCUGUAUCCACGUCCUCUUCGUCAUGCUCCGUGUCUUCCAGCUGGAGCCCUCAGACCCCCUGCUCUGGAGGAAAACCCUCAAAAACUUUGAGGUGGAGAGCUUGUUCCAGAAGUACCACAAUCGCCGCAGCUCGCGCAUCAAGGCGCCGUCGCGCAAUACCAUUCAGAAGUUUGUGUCGCGCAUGUCCAACCCCCACACGUCCUGUCCGUCCAGCAACUCUGGCGCCUCGAGCAACGACAGCAGUAGUCUGAAGGAUGAAGAGGAGCAGAUGUGUCCUAUCUGUCUGUUGGACAUGCUGGAUGAGGAGAGUCUGACUGUGUGUGAGGAAGGCUGCAGGAACAAGCUGCACCACCACUGCAUGUCUAUCUGGGCUGAGGAAUGCCGGCGGAACCACGAGACGCUCAUCUGCCCCCUCUGUAGAGCCAAGUGGAAGUCCCAUGAUUUUUACAGCCAUGACCCCUCAUCUGUCUCCAUGGAGAAUGCGGCAGCGUCCUCGUCCCACAGUGAAGGGGGUUCAAGAGGGGGGUCAUCGUCCCAGGAGGGGGACUUCACCCUGCCCCAAUACGGGGUCCAGCAGAUCCCCCAGACGUACAAAGAACUUGCUGAGCCUUGGAUAAAGGUGUUUGGCAUGGAGGUGGUGGGUUGUCUGUUCUCCAGGAACUGGAACAUCAGGGAGAUGGCCCUGCGGCGGCUGUCGCAUGACGUCAGCGGCGCGCUCCUCCUGGCCAAUGGUGAACGCUCCUGGCCGGGGGCGGGGCUAGGGGCCGGGGCGGGCUGCUCUGAGGUGUCGGGUGACGUGGUGGUGGAGUCAUGCUGUAGUGUCCUCUCCAUGGUGUGUGCUGACCCUGUCUACAAGGUCUACGUGGCUGCACUGAAAACCUUGCGGGCCAUGCUGGUGUACACGCCCUGCCACUCCGUGUCUGAACGCUCGCGCCUGCAGCAGCUGCUCCGGUCCGUGGUGGAGACCAUCCUGGUCAAAUGUGCCGACGCCAACAGUCGUACCAGCCAGCUGUCGGUGUCCACACUACUGGAGCUGUGUAAAGGCCAGCUGGGAGAGCUGGCUGUAGGUAGAGAGAUCCUCAAAGCAGGGUCCAUUGGUAUUGGCGGGGUGGACUAUGUCCUGAACUGCAUCCUGGGGCCCCAGACGGAGGCCAAUAACUGGCAGGCCCUGCUGGGCCGUCUGUGUCUGAUUGACAGGCUCCUGCUGGAGUUCCCUGCUGAGUUCUACCCACACAUCGUCUCUGGAGGGGACUGGCACCAGUCUCAGACCCUGGGGGAUAGGUAUCAGAAGCUGCUCCCCCUACUGAGCUUCUCGCUGCAGUCCAUCGACAACUCCCACUCUAUGGUGGGCAAGCUGUCUCGCCGUGUGUUCCUGAGCGCCGCGCGCAUGGUGGCCCGCGUGCCGCACGUCUUCGUCAAGCUCCUGGACAUGCUAAGCGUCACCAGCUCCACGCACUACGCCCGCAUGCGCCGCCGCCUGCUCGCCAUUGCCGAGGAGAUGGACAUCCUGGACGCCAUCAACCUGGGCCUGGAGAACAUGGAGCACAGCGCCAGCGAGGCGCACCAACGGGCCAACGCCGCCUUCCUUGAGCCCUCCGCACCUCAGAACUCGCCCAACGUGACCGAGAGCAACACCCCGACGCAUACAGUCCAGAUGACCAGUGGGAAGGGAGGGAGAGGUUUCUCCGGCAACGUGGGAGCGAGUCCUGAGGAUAUAAGUGAGAGGUUAGCGGCCAUCUCCACUAGCGCUGGGCGUCCCAAUAUGGCCACUUCCACGUGCGGUGGGGCCCUGGCCGAGCACCAAAAGCCCCCCGUUCAGGCGCGUAACCGCCCCCUCAGCCAGUGCCUGAACUCUACGCCUACCAGUCAAGCCCCCAGCCUCCCCUCGCCCUCCGCCUCCCACCCUCCCCCCUCCUUCCCAGGACCUGACAGCAGUACCAAACCCCGGCCCCAGAGCUUUGUCCCCAGUAAGCUAGCGUCAACUGCCCCCUCUGCUUCCUCCUGCUCUCCAGGCUCCCAGCGCAGGUUUCCCCAGCAGAAGCCCUUCAGCAACAAGGACCCAGAGAAGCAGCUCCCCUCCCCCUGUUUCACCCAGGCCCGACCCCUCCCCUCCAGCCAGAUCCACAGACCAAAGCCCUCCCGACCCACCCCCUCCGAGGGGGCCAAGACCCUCUGCACCUCGCCCACUCCAAGAGCCUCCAAGAUGGGCAUGAUGCUGGACCUCCAAGGGGAAAAGCCCAGCCUCUCCACCAGCGCCUCCGGAGGUGAAGGCCCCUCCACAGGGGGCCACAUGGGGGGUGCCACCACCCUCAUCAGCAGCGAGGACAGCUGCUUCACCCCGGUGGAAGAGAAGUUCCGUGGACUGGACGCCUCUGCUGAGCUCAACUCCUCCAUGGAAGACCUCCUGGAAGCAUCUUUGCCCGUUGCCGGCGACACCACCACCGUCACGUUCCAGUCGGAGGUGGCCGUGCUGUCGCCGGAGCGGGCUGGGGACGGGCCGGGAGGAGGGGGAGAGGUGGGAAUGUACAGCGAGGACGUGACGCAACACCAGAAGUGCAAGGAGAAGAUGGAGGCGGAGGAGGAGGCGGCGCUGGCUGUAGUUAUGGCCAUGUCCGAGUCGCAGGAUGCGCUGCCCGUCAUCCCCCAGCUGCAGGUGGAUAAAGACCAGGACAUCAUCAUCAUCCAGGCAGAUACUCCAGAGACUCUGCCUGGCCAUACCAAAGCCAAGCAGCCCUACAGGGAGGGCCAGGAGUGGUUGAAGGGCCAGCAGAUCGGCCUGGGGGCCUUCUCCUCCUGCUACCAGGCCCAGGACGUGGGCACUGGCACCCUGAUGGCAGUCAAACAGGUGACCUACGUCAGGAACACAUCGUCGGAGCAAGAGGAGGUGGUGACUGCUCUGAGGGAGGAGAUCCGGAUGAUGGCCCACCUCAACCACCCCAACAUCAUCCGUAUGCUGGGGGCCACCUGCGAGAAGAGCAACUAUAACCUGAUGGUGGAGUGGAUGGCAGGUGGCAGUGUGUCCCAUCUCUUGAACAAGUAUGGGGCCUUCAAGGAGGCUGUGAUCAUCAACUACACGGAGCAGCUGCUCCGAGGCCUGGCCUACCUCCACGAGAACCAGAUCAUCCACAGAGACAUCAAAGGUGCAAACCUGCUGAUUGACAGCACAGGUCAGAGGCUGAGGAUAGCUGACUUCGGUGCUGCAGCCAGACUGGCCUCCAAGGGCACUGGAGCAGGGGAGUUCCAGGGCCAACUCCUGGGAACCAUUGCCUUCAUGGCCCCAGAGGUGCUGCGUGGACAGCAGUACGGCCGGAGCUGUGACGUGUGGAGUGUGGGCUGUGCCAUCAUCGAGAUGUCGUGUGCCAAGCCCCCCUGGAACGCAGAGAAACACUCCAACCAUCUCGCUCUCAUAUUCAAGAUUGCGAGUGCCACCACGGCGCCCUCCAUCCCUCCCCAACUGACCCCUGGCCUGAGGGACGUCACCCUGCGCUGCCUUGAGCUCCAGCCUGCCGACCGGCCCCCAUCCAGGGAACUCCUCAAGCACCCAGUCUUCCGCCUCAACUGGUAGUCCCCAACAUCCUCCCACAGGCCCCAACAUCCUCCCACAGGCCCCAACAUCCUCCCACAGGCCCCUAGCCUCCCUAUCCCAUAGUGUCUACUACUGAAGGCCCAGCCAGCCUGCUUUUCUCUCCUCCUCCCACCGCUGACAAUCAGACCAGCCUCCCUAACCCUAGACCGCCCUCCAUCCACCCCAGACCAGCCUCCCUAACCCCAGACCGCCCUCCAUCCACCACCGACCAGCCUCCCUAACCCCAGACCGCCCUCCAUCCACCCCAGACCAGCCUCCCUAACCCUAGACCGCCCUCCAUCCACCACCGACCAGCCUCCCUAACCCCAGACCGCCCUCCAUCCACCCCAGACCAGCCUCCCUAACCCCAGACCGCCCUCCAUCCACCCCAGACCAGCCUCCCUAACCCCAGACCGCCCUCCAUCCACACCAAGCUGCCCCCAGUCAUGAGUGGAGGGCCUGGGAUGGAUGGGAUACCUGGGUAAUACCUUCCCGUUCCACUACUAUGGCCUCAAACUGCUGUACCUUUAGCACAAAAUGCAAAAAGCGAGUCGCAAAAGUUCUACUACGAAAACGGUGCUUUCUUAGUUAGUGCCAUGUUGGUAUACUGUAGUCUGUAUUGCUCUGUUUUAUCAAGCCUCUGUUCUGGUAAAGAAAUGGUUCCUUUAGCACUUUGGUAGCCAUUUUGCAAUGGUUUCGAGAAGUUCCUCUUCCCAUUUUAACCCCCCGUGAGUCAACAAAUAAGUCCUUAGAACCGCAAUCUGGAGACGACGGAGUAAAAUGUUUUUUUAUCACUGUUAUGUUGUAACGUCGGGUCAUAAGUUUCCGACUCGGUUUUUAGAGUAUCCUAUGUGUAGAAGAAAGGCAUAAUGAAGCUGUUUUCAUCGAUUGAAUUUGUGCAUAACUGCAUUUCUAUAAAGAUGCGUUUAAGAUGUGCAUUUUACUGUUGGGCCGUAAAGCUUAGUCGAAUAAUCAUGAUGAUUACUUAAGUAUUUCAGGGAGCGGUGAUUUAUCUAACAGAAACAUUGCUACUUUGGCAUAACGCUGAAUGUGAACGCUUAUGAUGCCCGCAUUGUCUCAAAUGUUCUUUUGUUCUUUGAUUAUUUUUUUGAGAUAAAGAUGUUGAAGUUAUGAUUUUUAUAUAUAUAUAUAUAUAUAUAUAUAUAUAUAUAUAUAUAUAUAUAUAUAUACAAUAACACCCCAAAAAGAUAUGAAUAUCUUUUUUUGGUGUUAUUGUAUAUUCAAAGCUAUCCUUAAGAGAUUGAGACAUUUAUUGUGUAUGGGCGUAAGUUUUCCAAACAACACUUUGAUGUCGUACCACACUGUUAAAAUGAAAACACCCUGUUGGUCUCUUAACUCUCGCUGUUACAAUUGAGCCAUGUGCAUCGCACAUAUUUGAGACUUUUUAAAUAAUUUUAUGAGCCCUAAAUGCUGUGUCCAUACAUUCAAAACCGCUAUAUUCAAUAUUGAUCUACCAUUCUUCUGGUGCUGUUCCUUUGUAGAAUGUCACGCUACAUUUCAACAAUUACAUUUUUUAUUAUUUUUUAUCUUGGCUCUAUUUUUAAAACAAAUUGUUAUAAAAUCCAUGUACAUCUGAGGUUUUCUAUGACUCUUCUAUUUUCCAUUGUGGAUACUCUAUAUAAUGAAUAUAAAUGCUGUACAAUUUUUUUUAUUUUUGGUGGAGGGAUAUUUCUGAUUUAAGGCUGACUUUCUGCUCAAAUGUUUUACCAUCUCUUUUUGAUUAGAAUCUCAAACAUGUUCCUAAAUGGUGUUAAUUUAUGAACUAUAACUCCAAGCGGUGGUGUUCUGGUUGUAAUCCAUUCAAGUAAAAGGAUGAUAAUUAAGAUGUGGAAUGUUUCCAAAGUCAACCUUUUUUAAAAUGGGGAAUAUUCAUUUAAUUGCUAUUUUUAUUUGGAAUCCCUUAAUGGCAAGGGUUUGAGACAAUUAAAAAAAAUAUAUAUAAUUAAGCAGAAAAUGUAAUCUAUUUAAAACAAAUCCUAUUCUUUACAUGGAGUACAAGCUGAUCAAGCUGGAAGAGUUAAAUGUAAAUACAUGUGAAGUUUGGUAGCUAAAAUGAUUGUACUUGACUGUAUUUUUAUACCACACUCUUUUCCAUUUUAUUUUUUUGUUCCUGCUUCGGGUUAUUUUUCUUAUGCCUUUUUAAAAGCUUUAAAGUUAUGCACUCUGGUCUUUUUUUAUAUACUGGAAGAAAAAUCUGUUUCUGUCAUUCAUAAAAGCUAAUCAGUAUUACUUCAAUUUGUCAUGUGUAUAAUUCUUACCAAUCUCUUAAUGCCUUCUGAAUCCUCUUGUCCACCUGUGUCUCAGCCAGCUUGCUGCUCUUUAUCUAUUCUGUCUUAUUUUCUGCUGAUGUGAUGUAAAAUCUUAUGUGCUUUUUUUGGAUCUAAGCUGGACUGAAAUUUGUGUGAAAUUGUUUCCUGUUUCCUGUGUCACUUGGUGGUACUUUUUUUUAUUUGUAAAGAACAUCUUGCUGUUUUAUUCCAGUCUCUACUACCUCAGGUGUCCUAUAGAGUCUCUUCUACCAAAGUUCACUUUCUCUCUCUAUAUAUAUAUUUAUAUAUAUAUAUAUAUAUAAUCUUUUUUUUGACUUAGUUUUUUUUUUUCAAAGAUUUUCAGGGCUUAAGGGCUAACUUAUAUUAGCACCUUUACUGUGCAAAUAAACUCAUGAAAUCUCUGGAUUAAUAAAAAAAAUUGCUUAAGCUGUAUCCUGUAAGUUAAAAUGUAUCAAGAUAUUGUAAUUAUUACCAUUUUUACCCCAUUCUAAGCAUUUUAUUGCAUAAAUUGGAACUUAUUUUGGUGUCUGUCUUUAUGGUAAAUAAACAAAAAAUUGGGAAAAAGGUU